AUGAAGUUGACCAUGUGUUUUGGUGACGAAGGUGACACAAAAGUUUCUUUUUCUGGUGGAGAAUCGAAUAUCCACCCGAAGAAGAAACUUAACCGUAUCGCCAUGGAGGGAUCCAGCCACAUUGCCCGCAUGGUGCAGGAUGAAUUCGCCUAUGGCACCACUGUGACGAAGUUUAUAAGGAAGGAUGGUGUCAAGGCGAAGGACCUGCAACGUGGCUUAACCAGCUUUUCAGUUGGUACAGAUAUGAAAACCAACAGCGUUGAUGGUGGAUGGGGAUGGGCGGUCGCAUUCUCAUCGUUCAUGACCAACGUUUUGAUCGAUGGAGUGUGUGUUACAUUCGGAAUCUUUUUCCCGGAAUUCCUCAGAUAUUUUGGAGAAAGUAAAGCGAAGACACAGAUGCUAAGCUCCAUAAUGGUCGGAACAUUAUCAUGUGUUGGUCCGUUCGUUAGUGCAUUGGUGAACAGGUAUGGCUGUCGCUUGGUAUCUAGGUGUGGAACAGUAAUCGCCAGCAUUGGAGUAUUCCUUUCUUCAUUUUCACCAAACCUGGACGUGAUGAUAAUCUUUUACGGCAUUCUUGGAGGUGUUGGCUUCGGCUUCCUCUAUGUUCCACCAAUAGUGAUAAUUGGUGAAUAUUUCGACAAACGAAGAGCAUUAGCAACAGGGAUUGCCGUUUGUGGAGCUGGACUGGGAGGAUUAAUAUUUGCACCUGUGAACGAAUUUCUUUUGGAAAAAUAUGCUUGGAGGGGGACCAUGUGGAUUAUGUCUGCGAUAACUCUAAACAGUGCUGUGUUUUCUGCAACAUUCAAACCAAUGAAAGUUGGAUUUGAUCCGAAUAAUAAAAAAAUCCAAAACGUUCAAACUGAUAACGACCAGCAAAGUAGUUUAAACAAAAGUAAUUCUUACCUUUGUUGCGGUGACCACAACUGUUUACCAACCAAAGAGAUGUUUGACUUUUCACUUCUUAAAAGUCCAACCAUGUUGAUGUAUGGAUCGUCAUGUAUACUUGUCAUGUUCGGUUUUUUCAUACCAUAUAAUUUCUUGCCGGCAUGGGCUACAGAUGUCAAUCUGUCCAGUGAAGAGGGAGUACUGCUUAUUGUAUUAAUGAGUGCAUCUAGCACUGUUUCGCGAGUUGUGAUUGGCUACGUGACGGACAAAUCUUGGGCCAAUACUUUGAUUAUAAAUAACGGCGCCUUGCUGAUUGGUGGGUUAUCAACAUUCUUUGUGCCGUUCUACACCAGCUUUCCUAUCUUAGCCAUCUACGCGAUAGUGUUUGGAAUCGUAACGGCGACCUUUAUAUGCUUGCGGAGUGUACUGAUGGCAGAACUGUUGGGAGUACAUCGACUUACUAGUUCCUUCGGACUAGUUGGAUUGAGUAUGGGAUUGUCCACAUUUCUUGGAGCGCCCAUAGCAGGAGCACUGUCUGAUAUAAGUGGCAAUUACAACAUAACUUUUUACUUUGGUGGCGUCACUCUGGGACUGGGAGGCUUAAUUUGUCUUCCACUCAGACGGAUUUCGGACUUGGAAAAAAGUAGGAGCAUUGAUUCCAUUACGUCUUCGGCUUGA